UCCAAGACUUGGUCUACAAGGAUAGACUCAUAGUCUAUUAGACUCUAGUCUAUACAGACUCUUCUCUCCCCUCCUUUCUCCCUUCUUUCUUCCUGUACUCCCACACAAUGGCUGGUGCGCUAGCAAACUGCUCAGCCCGCGCCGUCCGUGCCAGGCUGCCGGCCGCUGCCCCGGUCACUGCCUCCCCUUCGAUGAUGCAGCUCUCGUCGUUGUCGCGCAGGUCGCUCUCGACGCGAUCCCUCACCUCCCCUGCUCUGCGCAUCGCUCGUCGCCCCGGUUUCUCUGCUGCGCUCGCCCGCAGAACCUACGCCGACGCCUCGUCUGCGUCCUCCUCAUCAACCCCGGCUCCUACCCCUACCCCUACCCCCAAACCGAAGAAGCGCUUCAGAUUGCUGCGAUGGACCUGGCGUUUGACUUGGCUGGGUGGUCUGGGUAUGACCGGUGCGCUGGCUUACAGUAUCUACUCGCUGCGUCACCCCGAGGAGCAGUUGGAGUCGGAUCCGACCAAAAAGACCCUCGUCAUUCUGGGCACCGGAUGGGGUGCGGUCUCCCUGUUGAAGAAGCUGGACACGGAAAACUACAAUGUCGUGGUUAUCUCGCCGCGUAAUUACUUCCUCUUCACCCCCUUGUUGCCCUCGUGCACAACGGGUCUGAUCGAGCACCGCUCCAUCAUGGAGCCGAUCCGUAACAUCCUGCGUCACAAGAAGGCCACCGUCAAGUUCUACGAGGCCGAGGCUACCAAGAUCGACUAUGAGAAGCGUGUUGUUCACAUCUCCGAUGACUCCGAGAUCAAGGGCGACAUGGCUCAUAACGAAGUGCCCUUUGAUAUGCUUGUCGUCGGUGUCGGUGCUGAAAACGCUACUUUUGGCAUUCCUGGUGUCCGUGAACACUCUUGCUUCCUGAAGGAAGUCGGUGACGCCCAGAAAAUUCGCACUCGCAUCAUGGACUGCGUCGAGACCGCCAUGUUCAAGGACCAGACCCCGGAUGAGGUCAAGCGCCUGCUGCACAUGGUUGUCGUUGGCGGUGGCCCCACGGGUGUCGAGUUCGCCGGUGAACUGCAGGACUUUUUCAACGAUGAUCUGAAGAAGUGGAUUCCCGAGAUCAAGGACAACUUCCAUGUUACCUUGGUCGAGGCUCUUCCUAACGUUCUCCCCAUGUUCUCCAAGCAACUGAUCGACUACACCGAAUCGACCUUCAAGGAGGAAGAAAUCACGAUCCGGGCCAAGACGAUGGUCAAGAAUGUGACGGACAAGUACAUCGAGGCCGAGGUGACCAACCCCGACGGCAGCAAGGCGCUGGAGAAGAUCCCCUACGGUCUGCUGGUCUGGGCGACGGGCAAUGCGGUGCGCGGCGUGGUGCGCGACCUGAUGAACCAGCUGCCCGCGCAGAAGACCUCGCGCCGUGGCCUGGCAGUCAACGAGUACCUGGUAGUCAACGGGACGGAGAACGUGUGGGCCGUCGGCGACUGCGCCGUGACCAACUACGCGCCCACCGCCCAGGUCGCGGGUCAGGAGGGAGCCUUCCUGGCGCGCCUGUUCAACACCAUGGCCAAGACGGACACCAUCGAAAAGGAACUCCACAAGCUGUCCUCCGCCCAGGCAGCCGCCAAAACCGACGACGAACGCAACGCCGUCUUCGACGAGAUCCGCGAGCUCCAGAAGCAGCUCCGUCGCACCAAGCAGAUCGGUCCCUUCCAGUACUCCCACCAGGGUAGUCUGGCCUAUAUCGGCAAGGAGCGCGCCGUCGCCGACAUCUCCUGGCUGAGCGGCAACAUCGCCUCCGGCGGUACCAUGACCUAUCUCUUCUGGCGGUCUGCCUACCUCAGCAUGUGCUUUAGCUCUCGCAACCGUGUCCUCGUCGCCGUCGACUGGAUCAAAGCCCGCCUGUUCGGCCGUGACGUCUCGCGGGAGUAAGAAAAAAAAAGAAGCAUGCCUCGAACAACCUACGCCUUACAAUGUUGGCUUCCUCUUCCUGUCCUGUCUCUCUCUGUUUUAUCGUCUGAUCUCCUUUGUGAUCCUGUCCUGUGACAUAGUGU